AUGCAGCACGAUCUAGAAGCCCAGAGAUACAUCGACGACCAACUUAUUGUAAGACGUGCACAAGCUAGAGAAGAGGAAGAAGCAGAAAAAGAGCAUGAAAAGCGAAUCCGCGAGAAGAUAGAGACUGAGCGAACCCGGAAGGAGGCCGAAGAGGCCGAACGUCGAGAGUACGAAGCUAAAUUAAAGAAGCAAGCAGUCGACGAAUACAACAGGAUUGAAGCGGAAAAAAAACAAAAGGAAAAGAAGGACAAAGAAAAAGCAGACAGGGAGUUCGAAGAACGUGCUAGGGCGACGCUUGCAAAGUCUGGUUAUACCGACGAUCAAAUCACAUCCAUACUCAAGGGAGAAGAGAAGCCGAAGUCUCAUGCUCAUCCAGCCAUAAAGCCUACGUUUAUCAAGGUCUCUUCCCUACAUAUCUCACCGGAAACAUUAGAUUUUUUCCAUAUACCAUGGGAAUGGGAUGAUCGUGACAAGGAAUUCAUUCUUAUCAAACGCUGGAUUACAGACGAUGAGCAGGAGGAGCUCUUCGAGCACACAAAAGCACUACGUCAUGGGCAAAAACUUCUGAUUGCCCCCGCUCCCCCACAGCCACAAGUGGGUGUCAGAGUUCGGGAUCGGGAUGAAAUGUAUUUGGUUCGAACACGGAAGAAGUCGCCACGGCGAGCGAGUGGUUGGGGACUGUGGUAA